CUUUUCACUUUCUGCUGUUGAAGAGGUCAAUAGAUAGCCGAAAUAUGAGACAUUUCGGUAUUUUACACCUAUAUUUUAUUAUUUACAUCCAUCUGUUCCUAGUUUCUGGGGCAUUUUCAAGACUGAACCUUAAGUAUGCAAUUUUAAAGCAAAACCAAGCACCUCAUCGCCAGAACGAGACUUUGGGUAAUCUACAGAGAACGAAGUAUGAUGUUCAGAAGACUAUGCGAGUUAUUUUUUACAAAAAUAACACAAAAACCUUGGAAGCAUCUGCCUUUGUAGACACCUAUAAUAUCAAAGCUUCAGGUUGUUCAACCUCGGACAAGUUUGCCAUUGUUCUCCAUGGAUGGAUACAAAGCUGUGCUGACGAAUGGUCCAUCUCGCUAAUUGAACGCUUGAGUUUCUAUCGUGGCGGCUGUAUAAUCUGCAUCGACUACAGUGUAGUGGCCAGUUCUUCUUAUAUGCGAUUAUACACAAACUUUGAUACGCUGACUAAAGCCAUUACAUCAAUAAUACUAACUUUAAUAAACCAAGGAUUUGACCCCAAACGAGGCUACAUGUUUGGAUUUAGUUUUGGUGGACAACUGGCGUCGGCUGUAGGACGUUCUCUGUGGCCUCUCCGUGUCAUCCAAAACAUAGAUACUUGUGACAUGGCAGGACCUGGCUUCGACCCCAUUGCAGUCGAUCACUCAAAGGCCGGAAAACAUGUCCAAUGUUUCCAUUCUAGCGGAGACAAAGGAACCUUUAUUUACUCCUGCCAUCGAAACAUAAUGUUAGGUAGCUGUGGACUUAAACAGCCCUCGGUGGUCAGUCAACUGCAUCUUGGCAGCCAUGGACUUUGUGUCGACAUCUACAUUAACACCUUCGACUAUCCUUUCUACGCCCUCAACUCAACGCCACCCGAAUGUCUGUCUUUCCAAAAGGCGGCCAAAAUUCCAGACGGCUAUACGGUCGGCUACGAGGAGAACUUUGACAGCCAAGUCAUUGGGCAAAUUUUCGUUCCGACCAGUCUACAUUACCCGUAUAAUUUAUCGAAGAAAGAACUUAGUAUGUUGGUUAAAAAUAAAGGAUAA